ACCCUGUCAUAUGUUCCCGGGACGAUAGGUGGCGGUGUGUAUCCUAACGUGGUCUGUGAUCAACCAUUAGACACAAACAAGAACCAGGGGCUGUGACUUCCUGCUAGCAACAAAUCCAUGUAAAACUCUUGUUUAUUGUUGAGUUUGGACAUUUCUGGGUUGAUUUAAUCAUCCUUAUGUGUUGUAAAUGCCGUACAAACUACAACGCUUCUUGAAGUUUUCUCUUAGUUUUAAAAAGGGCUUUUAUUCCUGGAAACAACAGCAGCGUCGGGUGUUAGCUUAGCCUGUUAGCUGGAAUCAAAACAGCCACACAGAGGAAGAGAGAGCCGCUUUGGAGGACAGACUGGAAAUCUGAUGGAGUUAAAGGCGAGAAAGGCUCCUGCCAUGUUGGUGUGAAAACAUCAGAAAACAAAGAUGGAGGAACGGACACAAAGAGAGCAGAUGGACUCUCGGUUUCAAGACAUCCAGCAGCUGAUGCUGACAAAAGAGGAACUUCCUGCUGAGGAGGAGAACUGGACUCUGUCACCGGACCAGAACCAGAACCGCCCUGAAAUUAAAGAGGAACAGGAAGAGAUGAAGAUUCUAGAGUUCAUAUUCAACCCAGUCCCUGUGAAGAGUGAGGAUGAGGAGGAGAAACCUCAUCUCUCAGAGCUUCCUGACUGUCACAGUGAGGAAAUCAGAAACUCACCAGAACCAGACGAAUGUUUAGAAUCAGAUGAUAAAGACAAAACUUCAGGUUCUUCAGAAACUGAUGUCAGUGAUGGAAACUGGGAGGAGAGCGAUAGAGCUAAGCCAGGAUUGGACCCUGUUAUAAAUAUAAUAUCUGUCACUGGUAUUGUGUAUGACACAGGUAAGAAGCUACACAGCUGCACUGAAUGCGGUAAAACUUUUAACCAAAAAUCUGAUGUUUUGAGGCACAGCAGAAUUCACACAAGAGAGAAACCUUUCAUUUGCUCCAUCUGCAACGCAGCUUUUUCUUGGAAGCACGUCUUGGCUCAACACAUGAGAACACACAGUGGAGAAAAACCCUUCAGCUGCUCCGUCUGUGGUCAGCGGUUUGGAAGGAAGAUCCAUGUCACCUCUCACAUGAGAAGUCAUACUACAGAAAAACCCUUCACCUGCUCCAUUUGUGGACAAAAUUUCAGCCGGAGAGAAAGUGUGACUCGGCACAUGAGACGUCACACUGAAGAAAAACCUUUCAGCUGCUCUGUUUGUGGGCAAGAGUUUGGCAGGAAGGAAAGUCUGACCUAUCACAUGACUCAUCACACUGAAGAAAAACCGUACAGCUGCUCCGUCUGUAACAAAGCUUUUACUUUGAAAAUAACUUUAAUGCAGCACAAGAGAAUCCAUUCAGAAGAAAGACGAUUCAGCUGUUCUGUCUGUGGUGCAGCUUUUAAAAGGAAAUAUACUUUAGCAGAACACACAAAAACCCACACUGGAGAAAGACCUUACAGUUGCUCUGUUUGUGGACGAAGUUUUGUUCAACUUAUCAGUCUAACUCGUCAUAUGAGGGGUCACACGGGAGAAAAACCUUACAGCUGCCCCACCUGCAACAAGACGUUCAAAUGGAAACAGACUUUUCUGACGCACACAAAAAUACACUGCGGUGAAUAAUUUUCAUCUUGUGAACAGACUAAACAUCCACGAAGGUUAGACAAAGUCUGGCCGUGUUUUCUGUGGCAGAUCAGCUCACAUUGAAUCUGCCUUGUUUAAUAUGGAAAUACCACAGGAAAAAUCAUGUCAUUUUUAUCAAAAGAACAGACAAAAAAUAAACUAAUUAAAACUUC